AUGACUUUGAACUGCCUUAUGUGGAAUGAAGGUUUGGUCCGAAAGAGUAAGGAUGAGGUUUUAAGGUGCCUCGGAAAGAAAGAAUACAUGAAAGUUAUGGGGGAAACUCAUGAAGGAAUCUGUGGAGCUCAUCAAGGUGGGAGGAAAAUGUGCUGGUUAAUUAGAAGGUAUGGCUACUUCUGGCCAACCAUGAUGAAAGAUUGCAUUAACUAUUCCAAAGGGUGUGAGUCUCGUUAA